AGAAACAGAGAGAAAGGAGAGAGCAAGGGAGAGAGGUGAGAGAAAGGCAGAGAGAGAGAGAGAGAGAGAGAGAGAGUAAGAGUGAGGGCGGCAGAGAGAGAAAGAGAGUGAGAGGCAGAGAGAGAGACCGUUGUUAGAGAGAGCAGAAUUGUCAGCAACCAUGGCCCAUAGUAGAGAUGGAUACAUACAGCCUUGAACACGACGCUUCAUCUUCUCUCCGGGCGCCGCGAACCGUCCCGCCUUCACCAUUACUGGAGCGGAUUAACACCCUGCUCUCGCGGAUGAAUGAACGGUUAACUGUGUUGGUAUGCCGUGGAUAACUGGGUGUUCAUGGACAGACAUUCGGUUCUACCGGGGAUCUAGACAAUGAAAAGGGUGAUUUAUUUACCACCGUUGCUAUACUGUAGCCCCUCGUGCGCUUCUGGUACAGUCGGUCACGACUUCGUAUUACUGAUGGUUUGAUUCGUUCUACAGUUUUUAUCGAACGGAUUCAAGUCAUAUUUACGAUUUAUUCCGGGGGCUUUGCUCUUUGACUGAAGGGUUGCGCGAGGACUAUAACGUUAAUUUACUUAAUCACCGUGCCAGAGUUAUUUUGUUAGAUUGGUUUAACGAGACCCUUAUUUAAAUAUAUAUAUGUUCACUGCGCUCCUCGCGCCCCCUCCCCCUCAUCCUGCUGCUCUCGCGCCGUCUCCCGGGGGCUCGCCUGUAGUGAGGAGAACUCCGGAGGCCGCCGGUAGCCGGUAUGUUUGUGUCGGUGUGGUACGCAAAGAAGAUGGGUCGCCGCUUCAUCAAUAACGUCCGCAAAGCCAAGAAACAGCGUCAACAACUAAUGAUGAAUGGGUGUGCAGGGGAGGUGGAGUAUGAAGAAAUCACUCUGGAGAGGGGUAACUCAGGCCUUGGCUUCAGCAUUGCGGGGGGAACAGACAACCCCCACAUCGGAGACGACCCCAGCAUCUUCAUCACCAAGAUCAUCCCUGGGGGAGCUGCAGCACAGGACGGCAGGCUGAGGGUGAACGACAGCGUGCUGCUGGUGAACGAGGUGGAUGUACGUGAGGUGAGCCACAGCGUGGCGGUGGAGGCUCUGAAGGAGGCGGGGCCGGUGGUGCGUCUCUACGUCAGCCGACACAGGCCACCUGCCGAGAAGGUCAUCGAGGUCAAACUGGUCAAGGGCCCCAAAGGGUUGGGGUUCAGCAUAGCAGGGGGUGUGGGUAACCAGCAUGUUCCUGGAGACAACAGCAUCUACGUCACCAAGAUCAUCGAGGGGGGCACUGCCCACAGGGAUGGACGACUGCAGAUAGGGGACAAGAUACUGGCCGUGAACAGCCUGCGUCUAGAGGAGGUGUUACACGAGGACGCCGUCACAGCACUGAAGAACACAGCUGAGGUUGUGUACCUGCGGGUCGCCAAGACAACACAAAUGUACACACCUGAGCUGGGCUGCAUCCCUCCAGACCUUACCAGCUCCUACAUGGAUCCAGACCUGGGUCACCCCAACUACCUGACAGAUUACCCACAGUCCCUGGGCCCCCCCUCACCUCGCCACUACUCCCCCCUGCCCCGAGGCAUGCUGGGAUUGGGGGAGGAGGAUUAUGGCCGGGACGGGAGGAGGGUGUGUGUGGGGGAGGAUGAGUACAGCAGGGAGGCGAGGAGGGUGUGUGUGGGGGAGGAUGAGUACAGCAGGGAGGCGAGGAGGGUGUGUGUGGGGGAGGAUGAGUACAGCAGGGAGGCGAGGAGGGUGUGUGUGGGGGAGGAUGAGUACAGCAGGGAGGCGAGGAGGGUGUGUGUGGGGGAGGAUGAGUACAGCAGGGAGGCGAGGAGGGUGUGUGUGGGGGAGGAUGAGUACAGCAGGGAGGCGAGGAGGGUGUGUGUGCACAGGGGGUCCACAGGGUUGGGCUUCAACAUCGUGGGGGGGGAGGAUGGGGAGGGCAUCUUCAUCUCCUUCAUCCUGGCAGGAGGUCCGGCCGACCUGAGCGGGGAGCUGCACAAGGGGGACCAGAUCAUCAGUGUGAACGGGGUGGACCUGCGUCGUGCCACUCAUGAGCAGGCAGCAGCAGCUCUGAAGAACGCAGGACAGACGGUCACCAUCGUGGCACAGUACCGACCUGAGGAGUACAGCAGGUUUGAAGCUAAGAUCCAUGACCUGAGAGAGCAGAUGAUGAACAACAGCAUGAGCUCUGGAGCCCUGAGGGCCAACCGCACCUUCUACCUCAGGGCCCUGCUGGACUAUGACCCCGGGCUGGACGGAGGGGCUCUGAGCCAGGCGCUUGGCUUCAGCUUCGGGGAGGUUCUGCACGUGUCCGACUGCAGCGACGAGGACUGGUGGCAGGCCAGACGCCUCAACCACCAGGGGGAGCUGGAGGGGCUGGGAUACAUACCCAGCAAGCACAGGUUGGAAAGAAAAGAGUGGUCUAGAAUGAAAAACAAAGGCAGAGACGGCUUUGUCCACAGCUAUGAGAUGGUCACUCAGAUAGAAGUCCAGUACGCCAGACCGAUCAUCAUCCUGGGUCCUACUAAGGACCGGGUCAAUGACGACCUGCUGUCUGAGUUCCCUCAGCGCUUUGGCUCCUGUGUUCCCCAUACGACUCGCCCCCAGAGGGAUUACGAGGUCGAUGGGCGGGACUACCACUUUGUGUCGUCACGGGAACAGAUGGAGAGGGACAUCCAAUCCCAUCGCUUCAUAGAGGCGGGUCAGUACAACAGCCACCUAUACGGGACCAGCGUGCAGAGUGUCCGCCAGGUGGCAGAGCAGCAGGGUAAACACUGCAUCCUGGACGUGUCGGCUAACGCAGUGAGGAGACUCCAGGCUGCUCAGCUGCACCCCAUCGCAAUCUUCAUCAGGCCUCGCUCUCUGGAGAACAUCCUGGAUCUGAACAAGCGUCUGACUGAGGAACAAGCCUUGAAGGCUCUGGACAGAGCAGUCAAACUGGAACAAGACUUCAUUGAGUGUUUCACAGCCAUCGUGGAGGGUCAGAGUUUUGAGGAGGUGUACCACCAGAUCAGGAGCGUGAUAGAGGAGCAGAGUGGACCGUACAUCUGGGUGCCCGCCCGCGACCGCCUCUGAUCGCCACGAUGACCGGGGGGGGGUCAACAUGACGACCGGGAACGGAACAACUGUCAGACUAGAAAACUCCAAGGAGAGGAGAAGGAGAGAAGAAGGAGAGGAGGAUGAGAGUGUAAAGAUGAAAGACUCAACAUAAAUAAAUGAGUGGAGGAUAAAGGGAAGAUAGAGGAAGAGAAGAGGAACGAGAGAUGGGGAGAUACAUGGAGGAAGGAGACGAGAGGGGGAAGAUAGAGGAGGAUUUAGGACCAUUUGCAAAAAAAAAGCUUUAACUUGAAAAGUGUUGUUACCCUCUGGCACACCCUGAACCACCACCUGCCGACCAGAGUGUGUGUGUGUGUGCGUAUGUGUGUCUGUGUGUGUGUGUGUGUUUGAAUGGGCAGUAAAGUGACUAGGGUCAGUAUGAAUAUAUUGUAUUAAUUAUUACUAUGUGAAAACCUGACCCAAACAGAUGCUACUAUUUAUAUCUUACUGUUCAUUUAGAUAUAUACUUACAUGAUGGAGAGAGGGUGUGUGUGUGUGAGUGUGUGUGUGUGUGUGUGUGUGAGUGAAGGGUUUUUGUACAUAGAGACAUAUUUGACUGUAUUAUAUCUAUGGGGCUUAAACAGAGAAUUCAGGGCUAAAACACUACAAUACCCACAAUCCUCUCUGCUAGCGAUAACACUAAUGGACUACAAUACCCAAAGUCCUCUCUGCUGUGGAACUACAUGGCCCACAAUUCCCUGCUGGCGAGUAUCUCUGCCUAGCGUGGAGGGUGUCGAGGCCCUGUGAGUAUGGCCCCACCAGACAGGACUGAUUACUGUGAUUCAGGGUUGGCAUAUCACAAACACACACACACACACCAUACACACUCACACACACACACCGUACACACUCACACACAUUGGCAUACACACACAAACAUACACACUGACAUACACACAUGCACACAUAUGCACAUACACACACUGUCAUGAACACUAACGUUCACACGCUUGCAUAUUCACACACACAUUAACAUGCACUCACUCACACACACUCGCUCACACCCCCCCCUCAAAGUCACACACAUCCUAGGUAGCAGAGCAGAGUGUUAGGGUUAGACGAGAGGCUUGGAAGACGAGGAGUCCUUCAGCUCAAUGUAAAAUAGUAAAAUCUUGAAAUAAAUUCCU